AUGCAGCUGCGCGUUGUUUUAAUCGUGUUUUGUGUGGCCGGAUAUGUUGGAGCAAGUGAUCCAGCUCCAACGGAGAGCACAAUCGAUACGCUUGAUGACGAGAUUCGAGGUGAUGGAGUAUCGUUGUUACUGCGGAAGUUAGAGGCCAUUGAAAACAGAUUACAAAAGAUUGAGGACGAGUUGCAGAAACAUCGAGCUACCGAGUUGACUCAAUCUGCGAACAUCGGAUGUAUUACACCAACAACGCCACCAUCGACACCGAUUCCCAAACAGCCUCCGUUUGGCUCCUGCAAAGAUGCUGCAUCGAACGUCUCAGGGAUAUAUCAGAUCCGUGUGGAGAGUGAUAGUGAACCAUUCAAUGUGUCUUGUGAACAGCAGAAGUUUGGCGGUGGAUGGAUUGUGAUCCAGCAUCGGUACGACGGCUCAUUAGAAUUUUACCGAGGUUGGAAUGAUUUUCGUGAUGGAUUUGGUGAUUUGGAGAAAGAGUUUUGGUUGGGGUUGGAAAAAGUCCAUCAGAUAACACAGGGACGGACACAUGAGUUAAUUGUCGAACUGAAGGACUUUAAUGGAACCUUUGCAUACGCGCAAUACGAUGGAUUCGAAAUAGGCAGUGAAAAUGAGAAGUAUGUCUUGAAGAAUCUCGGAUCGUAUCGUGGAUCUGCAGGCGAUUCAUUGUCCUUUUACAAUGGUGCGAUGUUCACAACCAAGGACCAGGAUAAUGAUCUCUCGUACAACAACUGUGCUCAAGACCGCGAAGGUGCCUGGUGGUACAUGGCUUGCACCGAUGCAAAUUUAAAUGGUCGCUACAUUAAUGCUACCUUAAAAACAACGAUGUACUGGAGCCAUUUCAAAAAAUAUCAAGGAAUGAGUUUCUCAAGAAUGAUGAUACGAGAGUUGGAAUAGCGUUCAAUAGUAGAGUGCAAAGAAUG